AUGCUCGUGUGCAGGGCUGUGAGACUGGCUCUUUGGGCUUGCGCACGAGAUGUUCACGUGACGGUAGUCAAAGUUGGGAAUACAAAGAAGAACGUAUUCGGGAAUGAUUAUCGUGUUCGGCUGUUGGAUACGCCAUCAGAAGACUGGACUCCCAUGCUGAAACGUCGCAUCAACCUUGUUCUGGACUUCACUCCUGGAGGAUUCUCGUUUGACCGCACAGAGUCCACGCUGCAGAUUGUCGAAGAAGUCAUUGCACCAAAGGGGCGCUACGUGGGUUUUUUGGGUGAAGAUUGCUCCAGCCACGCUCUGGAUUGCCGUGAGGAAGGUCCUUUGGACCAUAAGAAGCAAUCUGUGUUAUUCGAAGGCCUUUCCUUUUUUCAAGGCAAGAAAGACUGCAAAAGCAACACAUUUCUACCAGAAGCCAGAGAUAUCAAUCAUGCAGUGCAGUGGACGACAAUCUGCAUGAAGUUGAAACGUGCAAGUUUGUUUGACUUUGUCUAUAACUGGAAGCAGGAUCGGCGAUUGGCAGAGCGGGACUUUAGUUUCUUACUCGAGGUUCUUGCGAAGCGACAAAUCCGUCCUUACAUUUCAAGAUCUUAG